AUGUAUUUUUUUAAUUGUAGGAUACAUUCCGGUGCGAUUGUUGCUGGUGGAAUUUCACAAGGAAAAAGUAGUUCCUUAAAAAUUGAUUUCCAUAUUUUGAAAUAUUUUCGUACUGAUAAACAUAAACGUGAUUUUGUAUCAGCUGGUGCUGCAGCUGGUGUUGCUGCAGCUUUUGGUGCUCCUGUUGGUGGUGUUUUAUUUGCUUUAGAAGAAGGUGCAAGUUUUUUUAAUCAACAAUUAACAUGGUUUAUUUUUUUUGCCUCAAUGGCAUCAACAUUUACUUUAAAUUUUGUUAUGAGUGCAAUUGAUGGUCAUUUUGGUGAUUUAUCAUCACCAGGUUUAAUCAAUUUUGGACUUUUUAAAGAUACUCCAUAUAUGUGGUUUGAAUUACCUUUAUUUAUUUUAAUGGGUUUUAUUGGUGGUAUAUUUGGUGCGUUAUUUAAUCAAUUAAAUUUACGUUUAACUAAAUUUCGACAUCACUAUAUAAAUAAAAACUGGUUAUUAGUUAUUGAAUUAAUACUUGUUGCAGCAACAACGGUUGUUAUAGCAUUUCUAUUAAUUAUUGGAACAAUGAAUGAAUGUCGACCGAUUAAAACACAACUAGAACUUAAUUCACCUACAAUACAAUUAUACUGUCCUGAUGGACAAUAUAAUACAAUGGCAACAAUAGUUUUUAGUACGCCAGAACAAGCUGUUAGAAAUUUAUUUCAUAGUGAAAUAGGAACAUAUAAUCCAUGGAGUUUAUUAAUUUUUUGUAUUAUUUAUUUUUGUUUAACUUGUUGGACAUAUGGAGUCAUUGUUAGUUCAGGUCUUUUCAUUCCAACUCUUUUAAUUGGUGCCUCGUGGGGUCGAUUAGUAGGAAUUAUUAUGCAUACAAUAUUUCCGUCAAGUGUUCAAUAUUUUGAUUCUGGAAAAUAUGCUCUAUUUGGAGCUGCAUCACAACUUGGUGGUACCAUGAGAAUGACAAUAAGUCUUGCAGUUAUUUUAAUCGAAGCUACUGGUGAUAUUGUACUUGGUCUACCAAUUAUGAUUGUACUAACAGUAGCUAAACUUACAGGUGAUUAUUUUAAUGAAGGAAUUUUCGAUAUACAUAUUGCUUUACAAAGUGUACCAUUUCUACCAUGGGAAUCUGAAGUAUUUGCAUCUCAACUUUCAGCAUUAAGUAUUAUGUCAACACCAGUGAUUCAAUUAAAAACUGUUGAAAAAGUUGAAAAUAUUUAUCAAAUUUUACGUACUGAAAGUCAUCAUGGUUUUUCAGUUGUUGAUCAUCAUACAGAUGAAAGAAAUGACCAUCGGGCUGGUACAUUUCAAGGUAUUAUUUUACGUCAUCAACUUAUAACAAUGUUAAGAAAACGAAAUUUUAUUUCGUUCAAUGAUUGUCUUCGUGAUUAUUUAACAAUGGAUGAUUUUCGUGAAAGUUAUCCACGUCAUCCACCAAUUGAAAGUGUUCAUUUAACUAAUGAAGAAGGCGAACUUUAUUGUGAUUUAAGACCGUAUAUGAAUUUAGCUUAUACUGUUUCACAUCGUUCAACACUUCCACGUAUAUUUUCAAUGUUUCGAGGUCUUGGUUUACGUCAUUUAGUUGUUGUUAAUGAUAAAAAUGAAGUUGUUGGAAUGAUAACACGAAAAGAUUUAGCUCGAUUUCGUAUGACACAUAAAAAAGGUCAUACAUCAAUUCAGGAACUUCCUAUAUCGCAUUAA